UGGCUGCACUUUUGUUUUAAAACAGUGCGCGAGUUUUUUUCUGAAUAGUUUUUAACGAAACAAUUUUUUUGUUUCGUGUUAUGGCUAAUAAUGAGAAAAUGCCGUUACAAGAGUGAACAAGUUAGUUGCCGAUUAGUUCGUUAAAUUAACGAAGUAGUAUUACGUUGUCGGUUCUAUAUGUUAAGUUAGCUAGCUAGUUUGGCUACUAUACCAUACUGUUCUGGCUAACGUUAGCUAGCAAACUCAACAGCAUAACUAACCAGCUGUUGGCAAACAUUUGCAAUUAAUAGUUUUGCAGAUAGGAAAAUGAAAAUUUUAAAAGUUGACGAUUACAUCAAACAGACAGGUUGUUCAAAAGGGAUAAAGCUUCUGUAUGAAGACUUAAAGACGUACAUAAGAAAUGAACCUGGGCCACAAGGUAGUGUAUUGUGUGACCGAGUUAUUAGGGCCUGCAACCACCAACUGGGAGUUGGUCCCCUGGAUAAUGACCACAUUGCUAGACUCAUAAAGCUGGUGGAGCUUGCCCUCCGAGGCUAUGAUAUCUCUAGGGAGAGUGGGGUUCAAAGCUCCCCUUUGUAUAUGGAGAAAAUCAGCUUUCACAUUCUCAAAAAACUUGGCUCUUUGGGUUUUCACCGUCCCUGUAGCCACAUGGGAAGCCUGCUCUACCAGAGACUGGUUCCAGCAUUGCAGACCGAAGACUACUCCGUGCUUGUGCGCAGCUGCUUUGCUGUGCUGUGGAACGGACAGUUCGCUGCCCAAGGUGGCUCCUGUCUAGAUCCAAAGGAAAAGCUCAGCCGCCAGUUGCUAGCCCUGAGCUUCCUGCUUCUGUUAGAAAGGGAUUGCAUGCCAACCAGCUCCUGCUCCAAAACCCCUCUGUAUGUGGGAGAAGCCCUGGUUGAGUUUGAGAAGGGCUGUGAGAGGGCUCUGACUAAGGAAGAUGCGUCCUUCAUCCUGCAGGAAACCCACAGUUACCUCCUGCCCUCUUGCCCUAGUGAAAGUGGCCAGAAAGUGGAGCCCUCUGAGCAGCCCUGCCUUUCUACACUCAGUGAGGUGGUGCUGAUUGUCUCAAAGCUCCUUUUGAAGGCAGGUUUCUGGAGCAUGGCUUCAGGGCUGUUGGAAGGGUCCUUGGGAAAGGUCUCAAACUGUCCUCACACAACAAGUCCAGGGCUGGUGCUUGGCAGGUGGGCAGUAGACAUUCACCGCUCCAUGAGUCACGGACAGGGGAACGGGAGGGCUUUCACAGAGUGCGCUCGAACCCUCCGGUCUCUUCCCGACACCCUGGUGGAACGGGAGGCCUGUGUGGUACUGGAGGGGUGCCGUCUGGUGGUGUCUGCUGUGGAGACGGGCCAGGUGCUCAGUGGAACUGUCCUCCUGGCUUGGUUCUCCUUUCUGGAGGAGUACCAGGAGCUCAUUCAGAAGAGACUUCAGAAGGACUUUGCGUCUCAGUCUGAGGAGAAUCGACUCCAGCAGUCCCUGUGCCUCAGUAUGUUCCAAGGCUUUGUGUUUGCCUAUGAGAGUAUGCUGGCCUCACAGCUUGAGAAUACUGAGACACUAGACAGAGUGCUGCUGUACUGUCAGGCCACUGUUGGCCGGAUGAUGAUUGAACUACGCAAGCUACCCAGCGAUAACAUCUUCAUCAAAGCAGUGACCACAGUCAGUAACCUGGUAUGUGGUCUUUAUAAUCGUCGGCUGUACGGCCAGGCCUUCACCUUGAUAGAGGUUGUGUGUCAGGAGCUACGCAAGAACUGCCCUCUUUCUCUGCCUGUAGACAAGUUAAACAGGGCUUUCAUGAUGGCAGUGCAGAGUUUGAGGCAUGCUGGUCAUCUGGAGCGGGCACUGGAUUGGAUCAUCAUGUGGCUGCAGGCCCUGGGGCCAGUAGAACGGCUCACACUGCAUAUGACUGAACCUGUAUCCCUGUGGGUCAAGACCAAGGCCGAUGCCUCCCGGGCUGGACAUGAGGACACUCGCCUCCGGACCCUGCGUGACGGCUUUGGAGCGGACAGCCCCGAUGAGGCGGUGCUGCUGUGUCUGUUGGAGGAGGAGCUGCGUGCCUACAAGGAGGAUGCAAGGGACCGCGGCCAGGAGAGCUUCAACACCCUGUGUGACCUCCUGGAUAUCUGCCACGAAGACAGCCACCACACACACCUGCGUGCUGUGUACCUCUGUGAGAUGGCCCAGGUGGUGUGUUUCCAGGACUACAGUGAACAAACGGAAUGCACUGCAGUUGAUUUAAUCCUCGAGUCUAUACGAGUAUUGGAGGAGGAGCCCGAAACAGAUGAGAAUGCUGAUCGGCUGAAGGAUGAUAAGGCCCACUCUUUUCUGUGGCUGUACAUCUGCACUCUGGAAAAGAACCUGCAGGAGGCCUUGGAGACGGAGAAGAGGAUGGAGAAACUGCGUGAGCUGUCGGGGGCCAACACAGACUCAGUGGAGACCAAUGACCUAGGAUAUGAGGACCGGCAGAAUCAGCCGGAUAGCCACCUGGUGUAUGACGCUCUACGCUUCAACCUGGCGGCUGAGAGCAAGUUGAUCCAACCUCUAGACAUGGCCCUGAAGGAGUGGUCCUCUCUACUGCAGGGUAAACCGCUGCCUUUGGUGAAGAGUCCUAAAAAGACCUGCGCCUCCAUCGCCCUCUGUGCUGUCCUCUACAAACUCAUGGGCAAGCCUCUACAGGCACUAAAGGCCUACAAGUUGGCCGCCGGCCUCUCCUGUCGCCUUGGCGAUGCUGAAGGCCGUGCCUCCUAUCUGUGCCACUGUUCCAGGCUGCUGCUGGAGCUGGGUGCUCCUGAAAUUGCUGAGGCCCAGCUGGAGGGAGCAGAGCAGUGUCUGACCCAGAAACCGAACGCAGAGGGUCCAACUGCUCUCUCUGUGCAGGCCACACUGCUGAGGGCUGAGCUCUGCUACAGUCAAGGACAGGUGGUGCGGGGCGUGCCUUACCUGUGUGAGGUUUUGAAGGAGGUGGGGGAACAGAGGCAGUCGAAGGCCUGGUACCUCCUGCGCGCCCAGGCGUUACUGACGGCCAGUGCCUACCUGGGUUUGGACACCGCCACACUGCCACCAGCACUACGCCAACGCCUCACUCAACACGGGCUGAAGACCCCUGACACCGCCCUGGCUGAGAGUCUGAAGCUACUGCGCAGUCUCCUGGUGACACUGGUGGGGAACGACCUGUGUGGAUACCAGGGUGUCUCAGACACGCACUUCAUUCACCAAGGUAAUAACCUGAUGUUGAAGUGGCAGGUGCUGUCAGAGCUGCUUGGCUGUUCUGUGAGGGUAGUGUUGGUAAGGAGCAGCUGUGGAGCCGUCCACGAGGCCAAGCUCCAGUGUCUGGAGGCCCUCAAACUGGCCACCAAGCUACAGACACUCAGCCGGUGUGCUGAGCUACUGGUGGUGAAGGCUGAGUUGGAGCUGUUGAAGGGGGAGACGGCAGAGUGUAGCUUUGACCUGGACAAAGUCAGGAACCUUCUGGAUCUUUGCACAGACUUCACCAAAGGAGAACAGAAGACCGUGGUCAAGAUCAACCCGAGGAAAUGCUGCCCGGCUCCAAAGGAAGAACCUCCCCUUCCCAGUGUUGAGGAGGAGGGUAAGGCCUUCAUGAGCACCCGCUGGCUCCCUAAGGAGCCCAUAGAGCGGGACCUGGCCAGCUCCCCUCAGCUUAAAGCCCGGCCUCAACGCUGGUUGUCUUCUCUGGGCCAUGGGGCCACCUGCCUCUGUCCCUGCUGCUCUGAGCCAAGUCUAGGUCGUGUGAUAGCUCGCUGGGCCACUACCCAGGCUGACCUUACCCUCCAGCUAAGCUCCAUUGAGACCCAAAACAGCCGUAACCUCCAUUUAGCUGCCCUGUCCCGCUGCAAGAGAAUCACUGACAAGAUGGCAGCCAAAUUGGACCAGCUCUUUCCCCUAAAGGCUGUCCCACCCAAACCCGGUCUGCUCCAGGACCUGGUGGCCCGUGUCUACCUCCGCAUGGCUCUGUCUGGUCUGGAACUAAAGCUGGGGAAGGCUGCAAGUACCUGGAAAGUCCUAGAUGCUGGUUUGGCGUUUGUGGCCUCCAAGCCCUCUCCGGAGCUGGGGGCAUUGAAGGCCAGGCUUCUUGGGGCCAAAGCCCAUGCUUCCUGCCUGGCUCUGGCUGCCCAGAGAGGCCACCCCCCUGAUGAGCUCUUCUCCUCAGCCUGGGCCUGGAACCCUCCACCCAAGGUGGCCCGUAAGCCCAAAACAGUCCAACCUCGUCCACCCCCAGUGGCCACAGCUGCAAAAACCCUCAAGAAGGCUAAAGACCCUAUCAGUAAGGUCAAACUGAUUUCUUCCAAGAGCCAAAUGUCUCUGGUGCCCAAAACACCUGUGGCACUCAAACACCCUGAGGCGAAGUCUUCUGUUGGGGAGCUCAGGUCUUUUGACUUCAACACAGAUGUGCCCACAGUGACCUGCACCCCAGUCCAGAGGGUCAAAGCCCCUGUCUCUUCCAGGAGAGGAGCAGUCAAGGUCGCCCCUAGUCUGCCAUUCCAGGUGUAUGAGGAGCUGUCGCCGACUCGUGACAAACCACAGCCUGUACCUGCAGCCCCCAAACGCACCAAGAAGUCUCGCUUUAAGGUGGAGUUCAGUGAUGAGAGUGACACUGAGUCCAAUCCCAAAGCUGAGCAUAAAGAGAAACCAGGGGUCUCUAGAAAGCACGGCACCUCCACCAGGGCAUCCUGUGCCUCCAAACCAGCUGCUGACCCCCCUGUUGAGAGGGCCCCUUCAAAGAGGGGCAGUAAGAAGAGCACGGCUGUCCCCUUCUCGAGCACCUCCUCUGAGGAAGAGCUGGCCUCCUCUGUGCCUGCCCCAGCCAGGAGAGGCAGAUCCAGGAAGCAGCCUGGAACAGGGGGGCACAUUGAGGAGCCAGAGAGGAUGAGGACCAUUGAAGAGGAGAUAGGCAUGCUUAAACUGGACUCCAGUAUCGAGGAGCUAAGAGCAUCAGACACCGAGACUGAGAGCAGUGUUUCAGGCAGAUUGCUGUUAGACGGCCCAGACAGAGACUUUGAGGUCCUUAGGAGGGACCUGUGUGGUGAUGUCGAGCGAGACUGUCUGUCUGAGCUGAAGAGUGGCGGUCACCCAGGGGGCUUGCAGGCCCAUGUCCACCUCUCCAUCCCAGAUGUCCUUUCUGUGGAGGCAGUCCAGUCUCUGCUCCGCUCUGCCUGGCUGGCUUUGCAGCACUCCCCCCCGCCCAACCUCUUCCCCCACCUCUGUGGCCUGCUGGCACUGUCGCUGGGUCAAAGGGAUCCUGUCACCACGGCAAUGCUCCACGCCCAAUCCCUGGGUGUCACCACCCGCCAUCACAUGAUACGACACUUGGCCAAUCGCCUCAAGAAGCUGAAGAAGAGCUCGUCUGAGUUGGCAGACAGACUGGGUUCUUUGAGUCUAGACGAGCCCAGGGGCCGAAUUGAGAACCCUGUAGAACAGCGACUGUCCCAGCUGGAGAACAUCUUCGCUUUCCCUACAGCUGAGCCCUCAGUCUUUCCAAAGCAGCACUGCCAACAGUUCAUCACACAGCUGCACGACCUUCCGACUGGAAUGACUGUGUGUGUACUGUCUGUGCUGGGUUUGAACCCGGGAGAGAUGGGGGACACCAUUUUACUGUCCAGGCUGGAAAAGGACUCCGCUCCUGUUACUGUCCGCAUCCCUACAGCCCAACUGGAGCACUCUGUCAGCUGGCUGGUUCAGGAGAUGGACCGUGUCCAGGUGGAGCAGAAGACUAUGAGCUGUGUGUCAGAGAAGACUAAGUGGUGGGAAGGCAGGAAGUCCCUGGAUGGACGCAUAGAGAGGGUGCUGGAGGAGAUGGAGAAGUUGCUCGGUUGCUGGUGUGGGCUGCUCCAACCUUUGACCUCUGAUCCUGAACUGUCUGUCCAGGCUAAGCGUCUCCAAAAGACCCUUGCUGGCUGGGGGGCACAGACCUCAGAGGAGAUGUUGAAGGCUUUGCUGUCUACCUCACCUCUGCUCUCCCAGUCACAGCUGCAGUGUUUUGCCAAGGGAGUGUGUGUGGAGCGGGAAAAGGAGUGUGUGGACCUCCUGCGGACAGCUUUGGCUGGUCUGGCAGAGAGUCCCAAUUCACAAGGACACGUAGUGCUCAUCUUGGACAAGUACCUCCAGAAGCUGCCGUGGGAGAGCAUCUCCUGCCUAAGGCCUUGCUCUGUCACCCGCAUGCCCUCUCUACACUCAGUGCUGGGCCACUGUGCUCUGCAGCAGUCUGACCCGGGUUGUGUGCUGAAUGGAGGUGUGGACCCAAAGCAGGUGUUCUACGUGCUCAACCCUGAUGGCAACCUGGGGGACACGGCGGAGCGGUUCAAAGAGUGGUUUGCCAGUGAACCGCACUGGCAAGGUGUGUGUGGGGGGGCUCCUGACCCAGGUCAGCUGCUGGAGGCUGUUACUACCAAAGACCUCUACAUCUACGUGGGUCAUGGGUCAGGGGCGCGCUUUCUGGACAGGCAGAUGAUCUUAAAGGGGGAGAUGAGACCUGCUUCCCUGCUCUUUGGAUGCAGCAGUGCUGCUCUGGCUGUGCAAGGAGAGCUGGAGGGCACCGGCAUAAUCCUCAGCUACCUCAUGGCCGGAUGCCCUUUGGUUCUAGGGAAUCUAUGGGAUGUAACGGACCGGGACAUUGACCGCUUCACCAAGGCUCUGCUGGAGUCCUGGCUGACUGCAGGCCCAGGGGCUCCUCUCCUGGACCACAUGGCCUCGUCCCGCCAGGUCACAUUCCUAAAACACCUCAUUGGGGCAGCACCUGUGGUCUAUGGACUCCCUAUCCACCUGCGUUAGGAUGGAGAAAACACCCCUGAACACUGAUUUAUCACACAGUCCAAAUUCUACACCCAGUACAUGCAUGCUAUCAUUCAACCAUCCAUGGUAAUUAAGUCACGCAAUGAGUUUCACCUUAUUUGUAUUAGCAUGUUGACAAUGGUUAACUGGGGCCUUAAUCAGUAAAUCAUUCUCAUGGCGUGGCCAUCCCCCUGCAAAGCCCAAGAAAGUAUUGUAUUAAAUUGUUAGCCCUUAUCUGUUUUAGAUUGUUACCCUUACUACUGAACUAGGAUGAAUGCUGCUUGACAUCCAUGUUUGGUUUCAAUUUGGAGGGCGAUUAUAAUAUGUACUGUAUAGUUAUGGGUCUAGAAACUGGGCUAACUACUACUAAAGCCAUUGGUUAUUUUAACAUUUUUUUGUUUUCCGUGGCUGCCCUUAGUGAAAACUAAUGUUUUUUUUAAAUGUUUUGCCAA